UAAGCAAUUCAGGGGGCCGAGUAGGUAAUCUGUACGCGGUUGGAUUGCGGGAUUUUCCCAAGAUCUGCCGACCAUGGUUGAUUUUUCUCGCGGCUAAGAGCCCCAUAAAGCCCAUAGCCCGAGGCAUCCUCAGUUCAGAGUUUUACAACACUUUGGAUCCUCUGUACCCGGGUUCGAUCCCCUGUCGUAGCGAAGCAGCUUCUGUGAUCAAAAGAUUUGAGGUUUGAUCUGGGCGUACCAGAAGCUUGUUUAUCUGGGUAUUUGGUAUUUUUGAAAGAAAUUCUUCUGGGUAUUGUGUUUGUGGAAGAGAUCAUUUGGGUGCUGCUUUCUUUUUAAGGGUUUUGUUGUUUCAUCUGUUAUUUUUUGGGGGAUUUUAAGGCCAAGAUGGCACAAAACAGAGACAAGGAGGAGACCGGGUGCCAGGUGCCGGAGGGCUUGAAGCCCUGCGUUAAUAACUGUGGUUUCUUUGGCAGCCCGGCCACCAUGAACCUCUGCUCUAAGUGCUACAACGAAUAUGUGCAGCUAAAUGUUAAUACAACGCCCAAGUCGCCGUUUUCUGGGGUUUCGAUCCUCAGAACUGAGGUUGACGUUGUAGGGUCUCGAUCCGAUGAUAUGGUGGUUGAUAUUUCUGGCCCUUCUUCAAGCGUUGCUUUGGUGGCGGCGCUUCAUUCUGAGGCGACACAGACGAAAAAGAACAGAUGUUUUUCGUGCGGGAAGAGGGUUGGACUGACGGGGUUCAAGUGCCGUUGCGGCGAUUUGUUCUGCGGGAUUCACAGGUACUCUGAAAAGCAUAACUGUACCUUCGAUUACAAGGCCGCCGGCCGCGAGGCCAUUGCUAAGGCAAACCCCAUCGUUAAGGCCGACAAAGUUCAAAGGUUUUGAAAAAUUGCCUUUGCUUUGUAUUUGUCAUUGAAACCCCAUAAAACUCUCUUCGGGAAUAUAUUAAGGGUUGUUGUUCGUCGAAGGGGUUUGCAGUGAAGCAGUAAUAAUUUUUUUUUUACAGAUGGUAUGGGGUAUCUGCAAAACCUUAUGUGUAUUCUCUGUUUGGGAUGGGGUGGGAUGGAAUAGUGUGGCCUUUUAUCUAGGGUUUGGACGAAAUGCUUAUGCAGAUGUAGUUUCUUGGCUCAUAUGAAAGAUAUGCUUUAUGUAACGGGAGCCAAUUUAUGCUGGUUAUGCCUAUGCUUAUAGUGAACAAAUUUUCACUUGCUUUUCA